GGUUAGAAGGGUCUGGGAUUCCUUUAUGAGGUGCAACCAAAACAGCUGUUAGAAGUAGCAACAGGGAUAUUCUGGCAGGCUGUCGAGAAUUAGUUCUUGAAUACUGUUGUGGUUUUGAUCACUAAUAUGGCUGUGACUUUUGGAUUCUCUUUGAGUGUUUCUUGGAUGUGUUGCCUGCUAAUUGGAGGGAUAACUUGUUUUACACUUAAAGGUAACGCUCAUGGGCAUCCUGCCUACACUGGACCUGAACUAACUGGAUCCUAUGCCAAAGCAAGUGUGGUGUCUGGUCCAAAUGCUAAAGCUACUGGCCACAAUGGCACGUCAGCAGAAGCUACUGGCCACAAUGCCACGUCAGCAGAAGCUACUGGCCACAAUGCCACGUCAGCAGAAGCUACUGGCCACAAUGCCACGUCAGCAGAAGCUACUGGCCACAAUGCCACGUCAGCAGAAGCUACUGGCCACAAUGCCACGUCAGCAGAAGCUACUGGCCACAAUGCCACGUCAGCAGAAGCUACUGGCCACAAUGCCACGUCAGCAGAAGCUACCACAAUGCCACGCCACAAUGCCACAAUGCCACAAAAGGGUAAAGGUAACUGA